AUGAGCAUCGCGUCUCCUGUCGCCCAUGUUAAUAACCGUCCGAACUCACAGACGAUGGAUCCGUCGAUGUUCAAUGGAUCGCCCUACUUGGCGUACGGACUUGCGCCGCAAACCGCCUACCUCAGUCAGCAGCAGCAGCAGGCUCUUCACAACAACAUAGUCAUAUCCACGUGAGUUAAUAAUACUGUUUUUCUAAUCUAAAAGUUUAUAAAUUGAAAGUCAUUCGGUUGAAGAGCCGAAAUCAGAAAGUGAGAAGGGUCUAGAAUUAAAAUAAAAUUUUAUGGAAGGACAUAUUUCUCCUCUUGCUCGAAAUUCAUCUGAAAAACUCACUCACGCGCUCUCUGAUACCGAAUAAUGAUUUAUAAGUUAAAACCUUUGCAGAUUCCUUUUUUUGUGGAAAUUUCGGCUUUUUUAUACGAUAAUAAAUAACCAUCACUUGCGUGAUUUUCAAUAAAAUUUCGAAAAAUGUUCAAGCAAGAGUAAAAUGACCUCUCUGUUUAGGAAAAAGUAUCAUAAGAAAAAGUUACUCGACUGAGAAACCGGAGUAGUACAUUUUAAGAAAAAGCGAUUUUGAGGAAUCCGGUAGACCACUCAACGGACCCCUCGUCGUCUACUUCUCCCAGAGAAUCGCCCAACACGAGUCUCGUCCUCACCAUCAGGCUUCUCAUGCAAGGAAAGGUAAUCAUCAUUUUUUUUUUCCUCUUUCCUUUCCAAACGGCUUGAAGUUUCAUAAAUUUUCUUACUUCGCUCAUUUAAAUUUAAAACCUUGAGAAGUUCAUAAUAAGAAUGACAAAUCUUAAUGAUAGGUUUUUUGUUUUGUUUUCUGUUCCAGAAAACUGUAUCACUCAGUCGAAAAAAUGUAAUUCGUCCAAGAAUAUAAGAUCUUUGAGCAUAUUUAGGGCUCUAAAUGGUUUUUAAUCAAAUGCGAAUGAUUGCAGGAAGUCGGGAGUAUAAUCGGCAAGCGCGGCGACCAGAUCAAGCGAAUCCGCGAAGAGUCGGGCGCAAAGAUCAAUAUUUCUGACGGCUCUUGUCCCGAAAGAAUCGUUACCAUCACGGGAACUCUGCCUGUCAUCAACAAGGCCUUCACUAUGGUCUGCAACAAGUUCGAAGAGGUACGCUUUUUUCUACAGAGCAUACUUUCUUACUGAGAAAGCUGUUUUUUUCAUUUAAGUCUUUGAAAAAAAUCCAUUGUGAAAAAGUUCAUAUGAAAAAAAUGGAAAUACAAAAAUUAUAAUAAGAAAGAUAAAAAUGAAUUUUGAAGAUUAAAAAAAUUGUUUAUUUUAAAACUAUGGCAUCUUCUCAAAUAUGUGCGUUGGGCCGGGGGUGAUGGCCGAUCGACUCACAAUCGUCGCAAUCGCGAAGUUUUUAAAAAAGAAAAAGAAAAAAGGAUUUUUUUUUUAAAAAAAGAAACAUAUUUUGGAUUACUCACUCCCCCAUAUAUACACUCUAAAAAUUUCGAGACCAAAAGGUUCGAAAAGUAGCAAAUUUUCGACCGCUUCGCGACCGCGUUUCAGCGAUAUGGCCAGCAUGACCGUUCAGAGCACAGCUCUGUCUCAAACACUUAAAUUUUUUUUCGAACCAAAAACAAGGACAUUCUGAAUCUUGUAGAGUUUGCGAUGGUUACGGUAGGCUCAGAAAAAAAUUUUUCACAUAUCAAGUUUUUUUUUCAUUCAAUAAGACUGCGUUCUUUAACUAUGGAGGGAUUUUUCAUCAAUCAAUAAUUUUUUAUUCAAAAUUCAAAUAUGAUCUCUUUUGAAAUGUUUUUCCCUUACCAUGGGUAGUUCAAAAACGGUUCGAAAAAGCUUCUAUCAAAAAUUACUUACAAUAUUGUUUGAGAGAUGAGUAUUUUUUUUCUAUUUAUCGUUUCUGAGUCACUUGCUGGAAAAUAUUCAAUCAAUCAAACUAUCAUUUUGUUGUUUGAGUCGGGUAUAAUCUACAAGACGUGCUUCAUGAUCAAACGAUCGAACAACUGCCUUUGGCGAGCUAGAAGUCCUAAAGUGUAGUCGAAAGAGAGGAAAGCACGGUCUUACGGUCCUUCGCCUCGUUUCCGUGCGUAGUUCAUCCAGUUGCGCCUUGACGAGCUCAGAAUGUAGUGGAUCUUGUGCUAGAGUGAAGAUUUUACACGGAAUCAUUAACAAAAAAUUGAUGUAGUUUUGUUUUUAAUGUGCUUUAUGAUCAAAAUGAACGUGAAAGUUAUAAAAUGGAGAAAAACUAAAAAAAUUGGGAACUAUAUCCAAUAAAUUGCUAGUUUUUUCAUAACCUUCUAAAUUUCUCAAAUUUUUGUCAUCAUUUUUAGAGGUGUUGCCUUUCGGUUUUGCAAAAAUUUAAAGAAUGUGCUGUUUAAUGAGUUUUGAAACGGUGAGAAGGAUGUAUCACAUUUCGUUUUUAUGAAGCGGACUUUUUCUUGAAGGGAAGUUGCCCUGUUCAACGAGUGUUGCGAGUGCAAAGGAACGACAACAGCGCCUCGUUAUCAAAUUUCACCCGACAAGCUCCUCAGAACUUGAAAAUCAUUACUGAUUGCGUAAGAUCGGAAUUUUCAGCGGCAUCUCUUAAGCAGGCGUUUUUCGUCACUCCGAAAUUUGAAUCGAAAAAUUGAAGACCGAAAAAAAAACGAAGUUUAUAGUUGUAUUCACUGUUUACUGUUUAUUGCAUCUUCAAUGUAAGAAUACAUGUGCAAUCGACUUUCAUUGGUUUAACUGUGUUUAAACGGCGGCAGGAGCUGUGGCUUAGGCAGAGACGUUGUGAAUUUCGCUCGUAGAACAUCAGGUACAAGAGAGGUCGUAGGAAGAAGUACGGUGCCGGCUUUCCAAGGGCCAAUGGCAGAGAUUGAGCCUUUUCGCUGCAUGCAGCUCCCAAUUUUAUCUACCCCGGAGGGACGAAAGGCAGAUAAAAUUGGAAGGCAGAUAAAAUAGUUGUAUUAAAUGUUUUGAAUGCAGUUUUGGAAGGGGGAAAACAAAGUCAUUUUCUAUACUCGCGAUUUCACAGACGUGCCAUUAGAUGUCUAUUCGCGUAAUUUCAAUACCCUCGGGAAGUAGCUUCAAGUUAGUUGUCAAUCGAUUUGGAAAGGUAGGUGAACUAUGACAAAUAAUGAAUAGAAGAUGUGUAUCAGUCGAAUAAGAAGAAAAAAGAGAGCUUUUAUAUAGGUCUUCUAAGCCACUCGACAUUUGACUCAGUUAUGCGCUCUAUGGCUAUGAGAAAGCAGUCAUAUUCAAGUUCUCUGUGAAAAUCCUGAGUGUUUUCGGUUCAGGACAUGCUGAUGCUGCCCAACUCAGUGCCCAAGCCGCCGAUAACCAUGCGGCUGAUUGUCCCGGCGACGCAGUGCGGCUCGCUCAUCGGCAAGGGCGGCUCCAAAAUCAAAGACAUUCGCGAAGUAGGCUUUUCCCACGGAUAACGAAAUGAAAAUGUUUAAGCCUAUUUUCAUCGGAUUCAACGGUCAGCACAAAAUAUAUUUUAAAAAGUGAAUGUUGUAAUAGGUUUCGAGUAUGGCCUAAAACUUUUACUUGAAAAUAGAAUUUUUAUUUCAAAGCUGAUUGUUAAUCAUAAUUCAUACCUUUUUAUGCUUUUCCAGUUAGAUCUGCUCAAAAACUUUUUCACGAAUUUCAGCCUUCUGAGUUCGUUUUGGAGAUUUUCUAGAUUUUAUGGGAUCUUUGUAUCGUAGGAAAUCGGCUGCGUAUCCAAGUUUCGUAUUGGUUCAUUAAUGAUAUUGUCAGUAUGCAAAAAGUCAGUUAUUCUUUUGAAAAAAAUAACCAAUUUUUUGAGUCUCUUCUUCCUUCUUGUUUUACGUUCUGAGUUGUUCAAAACUAGGCGACGGGCGCCUCGAUCCAAGUGGCGUCGGAGAUGCUUCCGCAAUCGACCGAACGUGCCGUGACCAUCUCCGGCAGCGCCGACGCCAUCAACCUCUGCAUGGGUCAAGUCUGCCAGAUUCUCCUCGAGGUACGCAUUUCAGAACUUUGACCUUUUUUCUUCAACAAUAUUACGUGAAAACCUUUUUGCAGAUCCUGAAUAGUAACAAAACUUCUUGAAUUAUUUAAAAGUUUUCCUUUGACUCCAACACUAAGAUUCGGGCCAUUUCCAACUACUAUAUGUACUCCGUUUCGCGACUAAAUGUAUGGUUUGAGGCGCCCCCGAAGGGGGCGACGAUAUCGUACCGACCGAAACCGACGUUCAACCCGUUGCUGAUCGCCUCUUCUGCGGCAGCCGCCGCCGCCGCCCAACAACAGCAGCAGCAGCAGUUGAACGCCUUGAUUCAGCCCCAGAACAUGCAGAUCGCGGCUCUUCUGCAGCAACAACAGCAACAGCAACUCGCCGCCGCCGCCGCUCAGCAGCUGCUUUCGCCUGAGGUGAACAUCUUCGAAUUCUGUGUCGACUCGUCGCAACUAUUCAAAGUUUUUAUCAAGUUUCAUUAUUUCAUAUAUUACAGAACAUUUUUUCACAUUUUUUCGAUUAGCAUGCUAUCCAGGAAUAUUUUCGUAGAUGUUUCCUCCGUUCCUCAGCCGUUCGCUCCCUUGUAGACACGCUUCUCUGACCUGUUACCCAAUCAGUUUUUUUUGCGCUACAAAACCUACCGUUUAAUUUGACCUCACCUUAAUUAGUGCAACAAGUCACCCUCCAACCGAGCAUGGGAUCGCUCAAAGUUUUGAAGACGAGUAUGCAUUUCUUCGGAAGCUUAGCAUUCCAAUUAAAAAAAUAGGUAUACUCAUAGGUCUACUUCAAGAAAGGAAAUUUGGCGCUCUAUCAACCGAACCCAUAAUUUUCGAAACACUCAGCUUCCAAAAAAAAAUUUUGUUUGUUAAAUUUUAAAGUAUUAGAAGUUGAGACCAUGCUUGGCUUUCCAAUCAAUAUCCACCAAAUUCCGACAUGGCUUUGAUUUUUUUUUAGUACAGAAAUACAGUCUAAUAACUGAGGUUAAAAUCGAUGAGUAUGAACUGAAACUCUUUUGUAAUAGAUCAGUGUAGACUGAAACUCUGUUUUCAUUUCAAAAUCAAAUCUUCAUUUAAAAAUGGAUUCUAAGGAAUUUUGAAAAUAACUUUGUUUUGAGAGAAGAAAAGGAAAAAUGGGAUCGGUUGCGAGAUUGUCAGAAAGAAGUUUUGCGAACGGCAUUAUCUCGUGAGUUAACAGCGGGUCGAGCGUCGUGUCGUUGGUGGUUGCCUUUAGGACCUGGUUUCCUUGUUGCAGCUUGCCGCACGUGCACUCAUGAGCGGACAGUUCUCCGCGGGCUUCCAUCUGCAGCCGACUGCGGUGGCGACGUCGUCUGCCGGUGCUCUCGGCCACCAAGGUGAGCCGUCGAGCACACUUUCUUUCUCUAUUUUCGCUCCUUUCUAUCAUUCCUCUCUUUGAUUGCUUCUCUUAGACCUCGUUAAAUCUCAAGAUGGCACAAAAAAGUCUCUUCUAUUUUUCAAACAAUUAAGAUAAUUUUUCGGUGUUAAAAAAAGCUUUCAGGGUUACAUAUUGAUUCGCCACUGACUUGAGCUAAUCGAUUAUAUCAAGAAAUUUUAAUUUUUUUUUUUGAAUAAUGAGACGCUUAGCAAAUAUGCUUAGAAAAGAAAUAUAUAAGGUAACCUUUGAAGUUUUUUCCGGCAAGAUCGCGGUGAAUGGAGUAUAACUUUUAUCCUCACUAUUCCAUCUGUACUCAGUGAUACACUAUUCAUCCCGCGUUAUACUGAUAUCUGCAUAGAACUUGGCAAUUAAAACCGAACCCUGGCUUAGUUGGAAAAGUCCCUUUCCUUUUUGUCUCAUUGUGCGUCUUUGGCAUGAAUCAGUUUGGUCCCAGCGUCACACACGUGCUUAUGUCCUUAUGCUGCUUUCAUAGCUAAUUUAGGCGUAGUUUUCCGUCGAACAGUCCGAAACGCCCAAAUACUGAGUUAUUUAGUGGAUUUCUCUUUUGGUAGAGUCUCUUUUGAUUCUACUUCUCUUUUUGACUAUAUCCAAAGACAGUAAUAAAAAGUUCAGAUUGAUUCCCAUCAGUUAGGUUUUUUCAAAAUUAUAGUUUCCAGCAAACUUUUCUUUCAAAUGAAAAUUCAAUCAGUUUAUAACUAUUUUCCUCUCUUUCCAACUUCAUUUUUUCUAUGAACUGUAAAAAACUUCAAAAAUUUUUAGAGUUAGUUUAUCGUAUUUUUUAUCGGUUUUUCACAUGUUAUUUUCUCAUCUAGUUGUUUUUUCACUCAUCUCUUAGAAACGUAAAAAGGCAUUAUAAACCAUAUCCAACGAAAAGUUCGUAAUCGGAGAUAUGUGACAAAACAAAGCGUAUUUCGAGGAUGUUUCAGAACUGGCUCUGUUCGGCGGCGGGCUGAUGAUGCCGCAAACGUCGACUGGACAACCGCAAGAUCCUUCCAAAGGAAUGACCCUCGACUGGACUUCCGUCGAAGGUCAGCAGCUCAUGAACCAGUACGCGGCUCUCAACAGCAGGUUCACUGGCUUUUUCAACACAUUUUUCUCUGUACUUAAUUUCUUUGAAAGUAUUCUUCAUCAGCCCCUUCUUUUGGUUAGAACAUAAAGUAUGCGUGAUCGGUGGGUGCCUAUCUUAGGCAGUUGAAAAGGCGAUAAAUGGUUUCCGUACUUUUUUUUUUACAAUCUUUAAGCUAUUUUUAAACUCUUCAAUCGCUUUUCUAGCGAAUUUUUUCAGACGGUUUUUUCAAACUUUUUCCAAAAUUUAAAAUUUUUUUUCUUGAGUUUGUAGUUUUUAAAGUCAGAAAAAAGGAGUAAUUAUGUAAUUUUCCGAUAAAGUUGAAUCAAAAUGUUUUCUUUUUCCAGUAUGUUGAUGGGAGCGCCUUUCGUGAAAGGAGGUCCAUCGCCGCCAAACGGCCAGCACGGCUCCGGAUCGCUUCACCACAACAAGCCCGCCUCGACGCGCUUCAAUCCGUACUGA